AUGGAUCGUCUUCCUCAAGAGGUUGCACUUGAGAUACUAUCAAGGCUUCCACUCCUAAGCUUAGUUCAAUCCAAAUCCGUGUGUCGAGCCUGGCGUACCUUCAUACAAGAUCAACUGCUUGUCAACAAGCAUUUCAAACACAUGGUUGAGAACGAUCCAAGCUUCAUUUUACAAAUCAUGGGUCAUUGCAUCCAAAACGAGCUUUAUUUUGGAGAUUUAUCGAGCGAUCCAAACGAUGAAAACGUUAUGAUGAUAGCAAAGAAGCUUACCAUACCAGCGUUGCUAAGCUUCCAUUUGGUGAGUUCAUGUAAUGGAUUGCUAUUGUUGAGUGCCACUCACCCAAGCUUUGAACUCUGUAUUUAUAAUCCAUUUACCAGGGAUUAUGUAGAGUUACCGAAGCGUAGUCAUCAUGCUGGGGUGUUAGGAUUUGGCUUCGAUCCUACCACAAAGAAAUAUAAGGUUGUCGAGAUAUCAUAUAAAAGAACAACUCAUUUGUAUUUUCGUCGUCGUGUUGUUAGAUUUGGCAUGCGUCCAGCCUCUCAGACUGCAGCAUCUUCUGUUGAGGUUCAUAUUUUGACUGUUAGUAGCAACACAUGGAGAAAUUUGGGAAGCUUUCCUUUCCGUCUUGAUUUGGGUGAUGAAGGAGUAUGA